CGCUUGUUGCUUGUAUAAGCGCGUGCAGGCUGGAGUCCACACACUCUGCCCAAACUUCUCCUCUCCGGAACUAUUUUAGUUCUCCAGUGCUUUAUAUGACCAGUCAUCCAUCUGCGCGCCUCACACACACACACACACACACACACAGGCUGUUAUUAUCCACUGUGGGAAACCUGAUCUCUGCUCCUCGGGGAGGGAGAAGUCUGCGUGCUGGUGAGAGACAUUUAGUAAAUGGUUAACUGAGUGUCGGUGUUCCGGAGCGGCUGAACCGCGCAGGAGGCAACAGCUUGCUGGGGUUCGGUGGAGCUCCGAGUCCCUGCGCUGAGAUAAACACGAGCUUCUGGUGGAACACUGAUCAGCUCCGGAGAUGCGAAUGAGAGAGAAGACGUCGCACCCGAGGAUUUUAGGAGAAGUGACGGCUGGAUGUAUGUAGGAGCGGUGUGUGUGUGGACGUGCGUGUGUGUGGGUGUGUGUGUGUACGUGUGUGAGACAGACUCGCAGGCUGCAGAACUUUUCCGUUGAGCCCAGGCUGUUUGUGGGGAUCCGGGAUCCUGGGCUGUGCUCGGUCACCGUGCCGUGAGACAGGAGACAGGAGACGCGGGAUCUUUAGCGUGUGUUUGGAGACACGCGCGCGGCUCCAUGUCCGCGCCGCCACGCGACAAUUAACUUCGGGUUAGUUCGGUUUGUUUCCGCUAAAAGAGCGCGAGCCUGAUCCACUGCCACCGCGGGAUUACUCGGGUCCCGACCGCCGGAUCGCCCGAUCAUGGAGUGUUUUCGCGGCGGGUCUGAGCGCGCACGGGGACGCGCGGCUGCCGGGGACAUCGCGCCGUUUUUCGGGUCAGUGCGCAGCGGCGCGCCGGGAGGGAAGAGCAGCAGCAGGAGGACCUCGGGAGUCAGGAAGAUGACCCAGGACACUGCGAGAAGUUAUGGGAGGAGGAGGAGAAAGUUGGCGUCGUGUGUAAGGAGAUACUGGACGCUCAUCUGUCUUCAGAUCCACGUGUUGAAAGCCGUCGCACAAGGUGACGUGGCGCCGUACUUCAAAACUGAACCAGGGCCUCCGGAAAUUCAUCUAGAAGGGAACCGGUUGGUCAUGACCUGUCUGGCAGAAGGCAGCUGGCCUUUGGAGUUCAAAUGGAUCCUUAACAACACAGAUAUCACUGCGUUCUCCCCAGAGUACAAGUUCAUUAUUCCAUCCCUUCAGCGGUCAGACAUGGGUGUGUACCAGUGUGUGGUGAGAAACCGAAUGGGCGCUCUGCUCCAGAAAAGAGCCGAGAUACAAGUGGCAUACAUGGGAGAUUUCGUGGAGGAUGACCAGCGCAAGACGGUGACCCAGGGCCGCGCAGCCAUCUUAAACUCUCCAGAUGUCAGCUCCUUCCCCCGGCCGCAGGUCACGUGGUUCAGGGACGGCUACAAGAUCAUCCCCAGCAGCAGAGUGGCCAUAACCAUGGAUAACCAGCUGGUAGUGCUGGCCACGGCCGCAGCGGACGCCGGGAAGUACUACGUCCAGGCCGUCAACGAGAAGAACGGCGAGAACAAGACGAGCCCAUCAAUUCACCUGAAUGUGGCAGACUGGGAGGCCCCUGCGGACCCGGUAGCCCCAGUAAUAGUGAUCGCCCCAAGGAACACAACGGCAGUGGCAGGGGUGAGCGAGGCCACGCUGGAGUGUGUCGCUAAUGCACGGCCUGUGGACAAGCUGAGUUUAGUGUGGAGGAGGAACGGUGUGGAGGUGGCCAGUGGCCUGGGCUCUUUUGGUCGCCGCCUGACCAUCGUUAACCCCACGAGUGCAGACACGGGACUGUACAUGUGCGAGGCCUCACUGCUUGACAGCAGCGUCAAGACAGCCGAGGCCAGAGCUUACCUCUCUAUUAUAGAGGCUCCCUACUUUACAGCCGAGCCCAGGAGGAAGCUGAUGGGACAAGUAGAGAAAAGCAUGGAUAUCCCAUGCCAAGCUCGAGGUGUGCCCAUGCCCAAGCUGGAGUGGUAUAAGGAUGCAGUCCCGCUCAGCAAGCUGAACAACCCACGCUAUAAGGUCAUCUCCAGCAUGGGACUGCAGAUCAGGAAAGUGCAGCCUGACGACGCGGGGAUCUUCCAGUGCUUCGCCAGGAAUGCAGCUGGAGAGAUGCAGGUCCACACCUAUCUAGAUGUGACAAGUUUGGCUCCAUCAUUCACUGAUCCACCAGUGAACAUCAAUGUGACAGACGGCGCUGUGGCCUCCUUCAUCUGUCAGGUCUCUGGUGCCCCGAAACCAGCCAUUACCUGGAGGAAAGAUGCACAAAUACUAGCCAGUGGCUCGGUUCAGAUUCCACGCUUCACGCUCCUGGAGUCUGGGGGACUGCAGGUGCAGCCGGUGGCGCUGCAGGACGCCGGGACAUACACCUGCUACGCCGCUAACAGCGAGGGAGCGAUCAAUGCCAGCUCUGAGCUUACUGUCUGGAGUCGCACCUACAUUUCCGAGCCUCCUGUGGACCGUCGGGUCAUCAAGGGGACGACGGCGGUUUUGGAGUGCGGCGCCAUACACGACGCGCGCGUGCACGUAAGGUUUAUGUGGAUGAAGGGCGGCGAGGUGGUCAAUCAGUCCAGAGGAGGACGGGUUAGCGUGCAGCAAGGCUCUCUGCACAUCUCUCAGACCUGGUCGGGGGAUAUAGGCGAUUACACAUGCAAUGUGAUUUCGCUCGCCGGCAAUGACUCCAAGACUGCACGCCUGGAAGUGAUCGAGCUGCCUCACUCACCGCGGAACCUGCAGGCCAGUCUGAACGCCACAGACAGUCGGAGCGUACACCUGUCCUGGAUGAGGCCCUUCGAUGGGAACAGCCCCCUGCUGCACUACAUCGUGGAGCUCUCGGAGAACAAUUCUCCGUGGAGGGUGUACUUGCCGCACGUGGAUCCGAUGCUGACGACGGCCGAGGUGACCGGUCUGACUCCAGCACGAACCUACCAGUUCAGAGUGUGUGCCGUCAAUCAAGUAGGGAAAGGACAAUACAGUGGCGAGACAAACCGAUUGAUGCUGCGUGAAGAGCCACCAAGCGCUCCACCCAAAAACAUAGUAGCCAGCGGGCGCACAAAUCAGUCCAUUAUGGUGCAGUGGCAGCCCCCUCCGGAGCCGCAGCUCAACGGCGUGCUUAGAGGUUACGUCCUCAGGUAUCGUCUAGCAGGGCUCCCUGGUGAGUACCAACAGCAAAACAUCACCAGCCCUGAUAUCAACUACUGCCUCAUCACCGAGCUCAUCAUCUGGACGCAGUAUGAGAUCCAGGUGGCGGCGUACACAGGAGCAGGCCUUGGUGUCUUCAGCCAGCCUGUCGCUGAGUACACGCUCCAGGGAGUCCCCACAGCGCCCCCUCAGGACGUAGAGACUGUUGCUGUCAACUCAACCACCAUCAAAUUCACUUGGAAUCCACCGCCACAGCAAUUCAUAAACGGCAUUAAUCAAGGGUACAAGCUAAUGGCUUGGCCUGAACACUCUCCCGAAGCCACCACCAUGGUGACCAUCACACCCGAUUACCACGGGACCCGUCAUCAAGGCUACAUCAUUGGCCUGAAGAAGUUUACCUGGUACCUCACUUCAGUUCUGUGCUUCACUACGCCAGGGAACGGCCCUCGCAGCACUCCCAAACUCAUCCAGACACAUGAGGACAUUCCAGGCCCUGUAGGGCGCCUGAGCUUUACUGAAAUCCUCGACACAUCCCUGCGAGUUAGCUGGGAGGAGCCUGUGGAGAAAAACGGAAUCAUCACAGGUUACCUAUUGUCCUGGGAGGCUCAGGGCCAGAAGGAGUCACGUGUAGAGCGCACCAUGUCCAACAGCACACUGGAGUAUAAGGUGACUGGCCUCACCUCUCUCACCACUUACACCUUGGAGGUAGCAGCCAUGACGGGUGCAGGCAUGGGCAUGCUCUCGUCUUCCACCAUUUCGUCCGGCGUCCCCCCAGAACUCCCUGGACCCCCUUCAAACCUCCAAAUCUCCAAAAUCAGCCCACGUUCUGCCACUCUGAAAUUCCGAGCAGGGGAUGAUGGGAAAACGUCCAUCUCCAAAUGGGUUGUCGAGGGACAGGUGGGCAGCACUGGAGAAGAAGAGGAAGAAGAAGGGGAAUGGAAGGUGCUGUAUGAGAAGGAAAACGAUCCAGAAGCUCAGGUCCUGGAGGUCCCCAACCUGACUCCGUUUACACGCUACAGGUUCCGUAUGCGGCAGGUGAACAUCGUGGGCUCGAGCGAGGCGAGCGAGCCGUCUCGGGUUAUCCAGACUCUUCAGGCUCCUCCUGACGUCGCUCCCAGCAGCGUGAGCGUCCGUACGGCCAGCGAGACCAGCGUGUGGUUACGCUGGGUGCCUGUCCCAGAGACAGAGUACAACGGGAACCCAGAGAGUGUGGGCUACAGGAUAAGGGUGUGGCGUUCUGAUGAGCAAGGGGACGCCGUCACUAGGGCGGUGAACAACAGACUGGAGAGAGAGAUCACACUGGAGGGUUUAGAGGAGUGGACCGAGUACCUGUUCCAGAUCCAGGCUUUCAACUCUAUCGGGCCCGGACCAUGGAGCGAGCCCGUGAAGGGACGCACGCGCGAGUCAGUGCCGUCCGGAGCGCCGGAGAACGUGACGGCCGAGGCCAUGAGCUCCACACAAGUGCUGGUGACGUGGGGACCCGUUCCAGAGCCGCAGCAGAACGGAAACAUCCUCGGAUAUAAGGUGUUGUACCGGGAAAAAGACUCAGGAACAGAUCCACAGGUGCAGCUGGUAAAGGGGAACCUAACGCAGUCGGUGUUACUGAGGAACCUGCGCAAGUUCGUGCAGUACGAGAUCCAGGUCCUGGCCUACACACGCAUCGGAGACGGCCAGCUCAGCAGCCCUCCUGUCCUGGAGAGAACGAAAGACGAUGUUCCAGGGCCGCCCAUGAGGCUGGUGUUCCCCGAGGUGCGUCUGAGGGAGGUCAGGGUGGUCUGGCAGCCUCCGCUAGACCCGAACGGCAUCAUCAUGGGCUAUCAGGUAGCGUACCGGCUCGAUUCCGGAGAUCCGAAUAAGUUCAUCACGGUGGAAGUGUCCGCAGAUACCCCACAGUUCACGGCCAGCACCCUGCUCCCCGAGUCUGCGUACAUCUUCCGUAUUUCAGCCAAGACGCAGCAGGGCUGGGGUACAGCCGCACAAGCUGUGGUCAUCACUACAGAGAUCAGAGAGCGGCCCCAGCCUCCCCUGCAGCUCAGCGUGCCCCAGGACCAGGUUCAGUCACGCCAGCUCAAGUUGGACUGGGUGCCAGGGGGAGACGGGUCCUCGCCGGUUCGUUAUUUCACAUUGCAGCUACGCCAACUGCCCGAUGGAGACUGGAUCGCACACUCAUCCUCCAUUAGCCACAACAGUACCUCCUAUGUGGUGGACCGGCUGAAGCCCUACACUUCAUACAAGCUGAGAAUGAUGGCGACUAAUGACAUCGGUGACAGCAAGUACAGCCGAGAGACCGAUGCAAUUACGACUUUACAAGAUGUUCCUGACGAGGCUCCUGUUAUUCAGUUGGUGAAGCCCUCCACCACUACCUCGGUUCUGGUGCAGUGGCAGCCACCAAAGGAGGAGAGCGUGAACGGAGUGCUGGUGGGCUACAGGCUGUAUUACCGCGAACUCCAGUAUGAAAGCGCGCAGCCACAGGAGGCCAAGAAGACCAUCAACAGCACUUCAGCACGGGCAGAUCUGACAGCCAAGAGUACUGUGAAGACGGUGAGCAAUCCUUCACUGACGGAAUUUGAACUCACCCAGCUGCAGAAAUACCAGCGCUACGAAGUUGUGAUGACGGCCUACAACAUCAUCGGCGAGAGUCCUCUUAGCACUCCAGUGGAGGUCUUCGUAGGAGAAGCGGCUCCCUCGGUGGCACCGCAGAAUAUCCAGGUCAACACAGUGUCGUCCACCCAGCUGGAGGUGCAGUGGGAGCCGCCCCCUGUGGAAACGCAGAACGGCAUCAUCCAGGGCUACAAGAUUCUCUACUGGGAGAUGGACAACCAGAACGAGACGGAAAAGAUGAAGAUCCACUUUCUGCCCGAGACAAGUUUGCGGCUGAAAAACCUAACCAGCUACACCUACUACAUGGUCAAGCUGUCUGCCUUCAACGCGGCAGGAGAUGGUCCGCUCAGUGAGCCCAGGAGGGGGCGCACUCUUCAGUCAGCCCCCAGUGCUCCUAGCUUUAUUACUUUCUCCGAAAUCACCAGCGCUACCCUGAACGUGUCGUGGGGAUUUCCUGUGUCGCCGAACGGCGUGGUGGAGGGCUACAGGGUGGUGUACGAGCCCACCGCUCCUAUCCACGGCAUAAGUAAAGUGGUGACAGUGGACAUCCGGGGGAGCUGGCAGCGCUGGUUAAAGGUGCGAGACCUGUCGAAGGGGGUGACCUACUGCUUUCGCGUGCAAGCCAAAACCAUCAGCUACGGCCCUGAGGCCGAGGCCAACAUCACAGCGGGACCCGUGCAAGGAUCUCCAGGAUCUCCUCUCAAAACCUCAGUCAGUAAGUCUGCCUCUGGCCUGACCAUCGACUGGAUACCUGGAGACACGGGAGGCGGCCGCGUGACAGGCUACGUCAUCGAGGCACGCCCUUCAGAUGAAGGAUUGUGGGACACCUUUGUCAGGCACCUGCCCCCCUCCAGCACCUCCCACACUGUGAGUCUGGAGCGACUGCGUCAUGGAGUCAGCUACCAGUUCAGAGUGCUGGCCGUCAACGAGUUCGGCUACGGUGAACCAAGUGCGCCCUCUGCUGCCAUGUCGGCCCAGAUGGACACCCCGUUUUAUGAAGAGUGGUGGUUUCUGAUAAUCCUGGCUCUGAGCGCGCUGAUUCUGCUGCUGAUGAUCGUUUUCGGCCUCAUCUUGCACGGACAGAACAAGAAGUACAGGAGUUGUGGAACAGGUAAAGCUGUGUCCACGGUAGAGGAGCGGGUCACACUGGACAAUGGAGGCUUCACCGCUCUCGAGCUGAACAGCAGACCCAUGCAUGUGAAAAGCUCCUUCCUGAGAAAGAACGGCACCAGAUCCCCUCCUCGGCCCAACCCUGCAGGUCUGCGCUACUCAGACGAGGAUAUCUGCAACAACUACAACGGUGCCGUGUCCACAGAUUCCACGGCACUUACAGAAAGAGCUGCAGAACUGUCAGAGUCUGAGGCUACAGACAGCGAGUGUGAGGAGGAGCCGAUCAAGCACUCGUUCGUGAAUCACUACAUGAGCGACCCGUCUUAUUUCAACUCGUGGAAGCGGCAGCAGAAAGGCCUGAAGGAUACGCUGGCCUGCGCGUACGAGGAGUGCGCCAGCGCGGACGGCGAGGGCUACUAUCAGACUGUCGUGACGCAGCACAGCGUGGGAGGAGCGUACACGCCCGCCGGGCAGCCUGCACCAGGCUCGCGUACUCCUCUCACAGGUUUCUCAUCCUUCGUCUGAAGCGCUGCGAGGAGCGGGACCCCUCUUCAGAUCUCUCCUUCUGGUAACGGAGGGAUUUGGGAAAAGGCACGAAGACAUUUUAGCUGUACUUUCAGUAUGAGCGCUACAAGGGAUGAAGGGAAUGUCCUGUCGGAGUAGUUUAACAAGGAGAACUCAUGGAUUAUCCCUGGAUCCACAGGCUGGGAGAUGAAUGAAGCGAAGUGUGUUAGCGUACGUGUUCCUCGUAGCCCCGAGCUCGACUGGGGAAGAUGACUUUUUAACCAGCCGGGGACGAGGCAACGCGUUCUCCAUUUACAGAGUUGAUAACUAAACACUACAUUCCUACAGCGACUCUCUUUAUGGUGGCACACACUCUCAGUUUACACAAGCAUUCCUGACGCUCUUCCCUUUACGGAGGAUGAGGGCAAACAAGCUGUAAUUACUGUAUACUUUACACUGUAUAUACUGUCAAGUCUGAAUAAUCUCACUCGCCGUCAGUGUCUCUAUAUAUACACGUGUACUACUUGUGAUCGAAAGAAGAUCAUGUGACGGGUGUGACGAGGAAGCACAGCGCAGUGGGACUCGGCUCCAGGACCGCGGCUCCAGAGUCUCGCUACUCCACAGGAGCGCGUUCAUCGGCCUCGCCAUCAGUCGUGCAGUGAUCCUUUGUGUCGCAUGUCAUUUUCACACGUCACACCCUGAGUAACACAUCAGUUUGUUAACUUAUUAAUCAUCCUAAACAACCGGUCGCUUUAACGUAGUCCUCGACCGGGUCAGUUUUAGAGAAAUCCCACUUUUCUGCCUUAAAUUAAAUGGAUUGUUUUUACUCCAGGCAUUCUGGCAAACCCUUAACACACACUCUGUGUUUCAAACGGUGUACUUCUGAGUAGCGCGAGAUGUUAAUGCAGCGUUAAUGUACUGAAAAAUCAACCUGUUCUAUGCAGCUGUUUCCUGUGGAGGCUGUUCUGACACACGGUCAGUGAUGUGAGGAACGCGCUUCGGGUAAAAUGUCACUCUCUGAUUUGAGGUGUUGCUCUGGGACGGCUGGUGCACGUAAGGAAAAGCUCUUGUUGUUUAAAGGGGAAAAAUAAACGUUUUUAUUUAGCUUGCUAUGUACAGUGCAUCAGAUGGACUUCUGUUGUCUUAAUGAGGAUUACUUUGGAUUUUGGUGGAACCAAGCACAACAAUGGUUGUAAGAAUAAUACAUAUUCUUAGAUUCUAAGAUUUUAAUGUAGAAUGGGUUUUUCUGCUCGUUCCGGGACGUCAUGAGCAUCAAUUUAGAAACCAAACGAGGUGAAAUGUUGACUGAUAUCGACUUUUUUUUUUUGAGGAGAAACAAUUAAGCACACGUCGUCGAAUCAAAGUACAAAUUACCCAGAUGACAGAUCUACAGACUUUUUUUUAUUUUUGAACCAUUUAGUCUGCCAACAUCAUUUUUAUUAUUGUUUACAUCGACCUCAUCAUAUAAUACAUAGCUCAACCACGGUUUGAUACGAAAAAAUAUUUUUUUAAAUUGCGAUUAUCCAGACACAUAUUGCAACUGCGACAUGCACAUUAAAUGUACCUUAUAGUAUUCACUAAUACUGUAUUUAUUGAGUCUAACGGCAAAUAACAGCACAAAUGAGACCAUAAACAGGAUGUUUGCCAAUAUUUAUUUACCCCAAAGUUUCGUUCAUUCUCUCGAUUUCUACAACACAUAUUCUGACAGGAUCACAGGAAGCCCUGGAGUCUUCGGACAUGAGGCGGGGUACACCCUGGACGGGGUACAAUGUUUUCCACUGCAGGGCACACAUGCACACAGUACGGGCAAUUAGGAAACAUCAGUUAGCCACCUGCUCAUCUUUGGAUUGUGGGAUAAAACUGGAGUACCCGGAGGAAACCCACCAAGCAUCUCAAAAAAAAUAAAAAAGAGCUAAUCAAUCGAUUAUUGACAAACCCUAGAUAAAUUCCUGACUAUCCAUAUAUAUAUAUAUAUAUAUAUAUAUAUAUAUAGGACCUAUAAAUAAAUAGCGAUUAGAUGAUAGCGCCGGUCCGUACUGCUGUGCUGCUCUAGCCCUAACAUACUCGCGGCCCAGCUACUGAUAGGCAUUACAUUUGAGGUCUCCUGUUGGACGUCACAGCCAGCCGUCUCUGAUGUCACUACGGUACAGAUCUUCAGGUAGCGUGCUACCCAAAUACACAGAGCAUCAUCUGUGAUUAUACAGUAGUAUGCCGUUUGAGACACAGGUGCGUUUCUUCAUGUUUUUCUCUGUUUCAACUCUCCCCAUUUAGCUCAUUACAGGUCUGAUUAGCCGUCUCGUACGUUUUUACGUGUUUAAACUGGAGUGACCGGUUAAUCAGAGUGAGCUUUUGCACAUGAUUUCCCACAUUAUAUUCAGUGUUCUGAACAAGAGACAUUGUGAGUUUGGGGAAACCUGGAUCUCAUGUUGUUCCCUGAAACUGUAUGAAAUUUGAGCACAAAUGAAAACAUUUCAGUCGCUGGUUCGAGGAAACCCGUGGACACGUGAGACGUCUGUGGAUGUAACUGUUGAGAUGAAGUGUGAACUUGUAUUUCCAGCACUCAUAAGCCAUAAGGACAUCGCUUUCACUUUUUAUUUUAUUUCUUCUUUCUAUUCAGAUUCUCUUUUUUUUUUUAAAGUUUAAAAUAUUCGCCUUUUGUUUUAACGUGAUAGAGAUGUAUAAAAAGUGAUUCUUUUAUUCUUUACAAUGUUUUUUCAGCUUUUUUUACCGCAAUGCCGCACCAUUUGUAAUUUUGUUACUCUACUAUAUAUGAAGGGGUUCACAGCUUUUGAAGUGACGGACAAAGCGAAGCGACAUGUUCACGGUAUUUCUACCUGGUAUUUCACUGCAGCACGAGUGUAUGUCACCAACAUCUGUGAAGUAAAGGCAGUUUCACACUUUUUCA